AUGAAGGACGUUUUUUCUGAAGAGAAGAAAACCAAAGGCGACUCUUCCAAAGGAGUAGGCAGUGAUGUUCAAUAUUCUACUAGUGAGAAGUCUCCUAGCCCAGAAAACGGAUCAUUGUUGAAUGAUAAACAAACUGAAGAAAUGAGAGCACUUUUUUCAACUGCUGAAAGUGCUAUGGAGGCUUGGACAAUGCUGGCGACUUCACUAGGUCAUCCUAGUUUCAUUAAGUCUGAGUUCGAAAAGAUAUGUUUCUUGGAUAAUGCAUCAACUGACACACAGGUUGCAGUUUGGCGUGAUUCUGUGCGAAGAAGGUUAGUGAUUGCAUUUAGGGGAACAGAACAGACAGCAUGGAAGGACUUAGUAACGGAUCUAAUGCUUGUUCCAGCCGGGCGAGGAGCAAUUUCUAUCACUAUGUAUAAUUUUGGUUCUCCCAGGGUUGGUAACCAAAGAUUUGCAGAGGUUUACAAUGAGAAAGUUAAAGAUAGCUGGCGAGUUGUGAAUCAUAGAGAUAUCAUUCCUACAAUACCCCGGUUAAUGGGUUAUUGUCAUGUCAAUCAACCUUUGUUUCUUGCUGCGGGAGUUCCAACAAUUUCCCAAGAGAAUACAGAUAUUUUAGGAGAUGGUUAUGAAGGUGAUGUUCUUGGGGAAUCCACACCCGAUAUUAUAGUCAACGAAUUUAUAAAAGGUGAAAUGGAACUUAUUGAGAAGUUGUUACAAACUGAAAUUAAUAUAUUCCGCUCAAUCAAAGAUGGAAGUGCUUACAUGCAGCAUAUGGAGGAUUUCUAUUACAUCACGUUACUAGAGGUAUGA